ACACGAACAGGAUUAGAUCACUCCUUCCUCAAUAAGUCGUUUGUCAUACCUGGAUGACGUCAACACCAUGCCGGCCAGCAAGAGUCGCGGAGGGACAACCAAGAAACGUACACACAAUCUCGGUGGUUGCGCAACAUGUAGACGCCGACAUGUCAAGUGCGAUCAAGCUCGUCCUGCCUGUGCGACAUGCCGCAAAGCCAAACUCGACUGCGGCGGUUUCCCCUCACAGAUUCGAUGGGCAUCUAUGUCUUACGGACCAUCUAGGCCAACUGAAGCGCCGGAGGAGAACACCACAUUGCCUAAUGUGAGUAAAAAUACUGGAGGGUCCCAGGCUGAAGUCAGUUUGACCAAAGACCAAAAUCUUCCUGUGUCUGAUUCAGUAUCGUCAAACAAUGGCCCACAUGCAAUUCAACAAGAUGGACAAGACAGCAGACUUAUUCCAAGUCCAGCUUCGCUGAGCAUAGGGACCGACAGCAUGUCACUGGCCGUAGACUCAGAAAGUGCAUCGUUUUUGCCCCAAGAGCCGAAUCUUUUAAACCACUCCUCUGUCGGGUCCUUGUCAGAUCUUGAGUCACUGUUCGAAUCCUCCAAUGGUCUUAUCUGGAACGACUUGUUUGACACCACCUUUGACAUGUCGAUGCCUCUCAUUCAGGACCAGCUUUACGACCCGACUUACAGUGACCCCUUGAGCCUUCUUGCGCACGCAGCGCAUCAGCCACAAAGCUACGGUCGUGAAAGUCAGUCCCUUGACUAUGCUUCAAUUUCGAAUCAAUCCUAUGAGAAGCAGAACACGUCUGCGAUGAACAGAUCAUUCGAUCCUCAGGAUACACCUCAUGCUCUGACGGACCUUGAGGAAGCACAGGUGCUGAAGGACGCCCAUUAUUUGCUUAAGCACUUCCGGGAUACCCUGAUCCCACAAUUUGGUCCGCUACCGAUGAGCUGCAAGUCACCCUGGGAGACGCUUAUGUGGAAUAACGCUGUACAGACUCACGCUGAGUUGACAUGGCUUCAGGGCUCUAACGUUAAGCACGCUAACAAGGCGAAUCUGUUUGCACUGUUGGGUUGCUCCGCUCACAUAGUCGCAAAAGCGCCGCCAGUAACAUUGGAGUUAGACCCUGUCAGAGGAAUGCAGAUCCUUGAGUAUGCUUCCAAGCGAGCGAAGAGACAUAUGCAAGAAUCUCUGAGGCUAGAGACCGCCGGUGACUGUAAGGCAAAGUACAAAGACCAAUUGAUGGCUAUCUUCAGCCUCAUCGCUCUCGCCACAGAAACCGGAAACGCGGCAGAUGCUAGAUGCUACUUAAUUGACGCCGAACGUCUCGUAAGGCUGCGAGGAAUAACAAAGCAAAAGACCUCGCGCAGGGCACGGCUCCUACACCAUGUUUACACCUGGCAGCGCAUUAUCGGAGAGAGCACAUUUGUUCUGCACGAUCACAAAAACUCUUUGCUACAGAGUAAGAUCGAGCGGACAUUUCGAGAUCACGCCCGCACUCCGACCAUUGGUUCAUGUGCAACAAACCAGUAUGGCAGUACAUCGCACGAGAAUUCCCAAUUGGACGAUUUCCUUCGCAUACGAUCUCACGGUACAGAUAGCGACGAUGACGCGGAAACACAGAAGGACAACGAGACAGGACUCCGCGACAUUCAUCUGGAGGAUGCUCGUCCGUGGUCAAACACCCUCUACAUGGACAUAUACGGUAUACCUGAGAUCUGGUUGAGUUACGUAUCGCAGACCACAAGAGUAGCCAACAUCAUGGACUAUCUCGACGAAACUUCGGUACAACCGACAAGAACGUUUCAGGAGUGCCUGCAGAGAAAGACGACACAGCUUGAAAAUCGGAUAUGCACUCUCUCCGCGCAAUACAGCAACCCCGGAGAGCAGUCACCACCGCUGAGCAAUGGAAGUGGGCUCACGAUGCCCAAGCCAACGGUGGCUAGUCGAGCCAUGAUGCGUGCAAUGAGUUCAGCUUUGCUUAUUCUCUUUUAUCGUCGGAUUCGAAAAGUACAUCCUUUCAUACUGCAGGCACAUGUCAAUGAUGUUAUUGCAGCUUUGAAAGACUUCGACCUCGCGCAUGACGCUUGCGACAACAAGGCACCCGGAACUCCAUGGCCAGCUUUCAUUGCGGGCACAGAAGCUAUGUCCGUGACAGCGCGAGAUUGGCUGAUGAGCUGGAUGCAGAAGGGCGCAGUCCAAUCUGCGUUCAACGGAUUUACUGCGUCACAGCAAGUCAUGCGCGAGGUGUGGAACCAGCGAGAUAUAGCCAACAAGAACCUAGAGAAAGACGUGGCUAGUCCGCCUGAGCAGCGAUCCACUGGCAGAAAGAGGAAGGACGCCUAUUCUUGGGUCGAUGUGUUACGAGAGAACAACUCUUGGCUCAUGUUAUACUGAACAUGGUAGGUAAAUUCCCUGUCAUGAGUUCAUGUCAUAAUUUGGCAGGAAGCUUCAAAUUUUCGAUGCUAUA